ACAUGCAAAACUGAUGGCUCUCCAGCGGCUGCAUCUCAGAAUGAUCAUAUCUGACUUACACAAGAAAAGCUGUGAAUUUUUGGAAAGUUUUGGAGUUGGGCAUUUGGUGUGAACAACCAUGGUAGAAUAGAGGCUGGAGUGGACGUAUGUUUGAUGUCUCGGCGGUUCGAAGGAGGGAAGUUGAGACAGAUGAUCGUCUAUGGUUGUACUGAAAGACAACCAGGCUUGUAGGGCCGAAUGGUUUACUCCUAUUCCACUAUGUUUAUACUUAGUGAUGCUGGUAUCAGAAGGCUCGUUGCACAACGGAGACUGGGCUGGGAAUUGGACUUCUAUGGCUUAGCUUCUUUCACCGAGCAUCGACGUUGUUCACGAUAGUUUAAAAUCUGUACCAGAUUUUCGCCGGAAAACAGAACAGGGAGACGAGUAAGACAUUUAAUAUCUGACUCAGGCGGCAUGAUUCAGCUUUAUUUUUGACGGAAAAAAAUUGGAGUCUCGAAAACUGUUGCUAAAGCGUCAGAAACGUUACGCAAACAAAACUUGAUUCAAUGUGAAUAAUAUGAAGUGAAUAAAUAGUGGAAUCACAUGACAAGUCAAAGGGGAGGCACAGCAGAGGGGGAAGGAUUCGGCUUUGUGGUACUGUAGCAGCAAGUUGGGGAGAUCUAACGUCUUAUUUGACAAGAAACUGAACAAUGGGAAGCUGUUCUUCAGUUUGUGAUUUUAUCCUGGAAUAUGAUACUCCCAGGAUCGUACUUAUUAAAAACAGAAAAGUAGGGAUGAUAAACAGGGUCGUUCAGCUAGCAAUCCUUGCGUACGUGAUUGGGUGGGUACUUGUGUGGCAGAAAGGCUAUCAAGAAUUUGAUUCCACCAUUGGCUCGGUUACAACCAAAGUAAAAGGUAUUACUAUUACAAAUUCAUCUCCACAUGAAGAAUACAUAUGGGAUGCAGCUGAUUAUGUUAUUCCUUCACAGCAAGAGAACUCCUUCUUUAUUAUGACUAAUUUUAUUCUUACCAAGAAUCAGACGCAAGGUCGGUGCCCUGAGUUGCCAAAUGAAAGUACAAGAUGUAAAUCAGACACUGAUUGUGCAGCUGGACAGCACAGUUCCCAUAGUAAUGGGAUUUUAACUGGAAAAUGUGUCCACUAUGAUGUAAACGUGAAAACAUGUGAGAUUUUUGCUUGGUGUCCUGUGGAGAAUGAUACAGUUAUUCCUAAUCCUGCAAUUCUUGGAGCAGCUGAGAACUUCACAGUGUUAAUAAAGAACAGCAUUACCUUUCCUAAGUUCAAUUUUUCAAAGAGAAAUAUUUUGACAAACGCAACUGCAAGCUACUUAAAAUCUUGUAUAUUCAAUCGAACUACUGACCCUUUCUGUCCAAUAUUUCGUCUUGGGGAUAUGGUUCAAGAAGCAAAGGAGGAUUUUCAAAAAUUAGCUGUUCAGGGUGGAGUGAUGGGGAUUUUAAUAGAGUGGAACUGUAAUCUGGACCAAUCACCAUCUAAGUGCAUUCCAAAAUAUGUCUUUCGGCGCCUUGACAACAGAGACUUUGCUGCAACAGUAUCGCCUGGGUACAAUUUUAGAUUUGCUAAAUACUUCGUAAAUUUGAAUGGAAUAGAAGUAAGAACAUUGUUCAAGACGUAUGGAAUACGAUUUGAGGUUGAAGUUUUUGGACAGGAAGAAAGGAAGGUUCUGAGAGUGGAAGUGAUGUCUACAGGCCAAAGUUAUUUGUCACAAGCUGCCACACUUUCAGACAGAUUGUUGAAGUUUCAGGGUAAAUCCAUGGGAUUUGUUGGGUGCAUAAGGUUAAUUUCAUUGAAAUGUACAUGAUUGCAAGGGGACUUGAAAGGGUACAGACUAAGAGGGUUGUUUCCACUGGCUGAUUGACCCAUAUCCUGAGACAGUGCCCUCAAUCAUUUACCAUUGAGCUGAGAAGAAAUUUCUUCAAGGGUUGUGAAUCUUUUGGAUUCUCCAUAUCUAAGAGGAUUCUCUAUGCUCCACUUUAUUAAGGCUGGAACCGAUAAUUAGAAUUGAAACCCAAGAUGCACCAACUACAUAUUGGAUGGUAAAAUUGGUUUGGAGGGCAAUAUGGAAAGAAUGUAGCUCAGACUGAGACUAGAGUACAUAGUCUUAGAUUACAUUAGUCUUAGAUUACUUACAGUGUGAAAACAGGCCUUUCGGCCCAACAAGUCCAUAUCAACGCUCCAAAGAGCAACCCACCCAGACC